AUGCGAAGUGUUAGGAUCACCAGUCGUUUUGCUUUAAAUAAAUUUAAGGUUUUCAAAUUAAUUGCCCGAAUUUUCAAUAAAAUGACCACUUCAUUAGACCCCUUAAAAUAUUCAAUAGAAAAUCCUUUAAUUGUAAUAUCUGGAUGUACUGGAACUGGAAAGAGCGAUUUGGGCGUUGCUAUUGCUAAACAAUUCAAUGGGGAAAUUAUUAAUGCUGAUUCUAUGCAAAUUUAUAAAGGCCUCGAUAUUUCCUCAAAUAAAAUGACAAAAGAAGAAAUGGAAGGAAUUCCCCACCAUCUUCUGGGGUUUUUAGAGCCAACAAAUUCAGGUUACAAUGUCCAAAAUUUUCGUGAGGAUGCUUUGGAAAUUUUAAAUAAAUUGUGGGCUGAACAAAAAUUGCCUGUUAUUGUUGGAGGGACUGCUUAUUAUAUUGAAUCUGUUAUUUUUGAUAAUAAUUUGAUUGUUACUGGUGAUAGAGGAAAAGGAGAAACAAUCCGCGAAGAAAUACUCAAAGAAUUCCCUACAGUCGAUACACUUUAUCAAGAACUUCAACGAGUAGAUCCAGAAACAGCAUCAGAGCUUCACAGAAAUAACAAACAUCGAGUAUUGCGGGCACUCGAAAUUUAUCGAACUACGGGGAAAACUAGAAGUGAACAUCAAAAAGAGCAACAAAAAGAGGCUCCAGAAGGUUAUGAUCAUUUUUAUACUCGUCUGCGUUUCAAAAAUACAUUUUUAAUUAAUUUGGAUAUGGAAAAAGAUGUUUUAAAUGAAAGAUUAAAUAAAAGAGUUGAUAAAAUGAUGGAAAGGGGUUUAUUAAAAGAAGUUACAGAUUUUUAUGAUGAGUAUUUUGGAAAAGUCGACAAAUUCGGAAUAAUGCAAAUAAUUGGCCCAAAAGAAUUUUUGCCUUAUUUACGAUUAAAUAUAAUUGGAAGAAAUUCAAUUAGAGGAGAACACAAAAUUGAAGAAUGCAAAGAAAAAUUAAAAACAAGAAAUAGACAAUAUGCACAGAGACAGAGGCUUUGGUUUUACAAUAGAAUUUUGAAUAGAGGAGAACAUAGAGAGAUACCAAAAACCUUAGCAUUAAAUUCCUCAAAAGAUUUUGCCGAAAAAUUGGUCCCAUUUGCAUUAAAACAAGUAAAACAAUUUUUGUCUGGAGAAGAAAUUGAUGAUGAAAAAAAAUGUAAUGGAUUAUUAUAUAAAUUACCACCAUUGGGAGACAUAUUUAAACAAGAAGAUUAUAUGGAAAAUAGGAAAAAAAUUUUCCUGUGUGAUAUUUGUGGAACAGAAAUUCAGGGAAAAAUGCAUUGGAAAAAACAUUUGGAAGGAAGAAAACAUAAAAAUAAUUUGGAAAAAAUAAAAAAGAAGAAAGGAAGGAAUGAUAAUCAAGGAUAAAAAAUUUGAAAAAAAAUAUUUUUUAAUAGAGUAAAAAAUUUUGGUGAACCCCCUCAAAAAUUUAGCUUUUUGUCGGUUUUUUACCCGUUGUACCAUUUUGUCCUAUUUUAGCCUUGGUACCUUUUUGUCGUUUUUUGACCGUGGUACCAUUUUGUCAUCUUUAGCCGUUGUACCUUUUUGUCGUUUUUACCCAUAGUAAAACGAAUACAUUUUUGUCGUUAUUAAUUCUGUGUAUAUUCCGGAAUUUGUCUCUCUUAUAUAAUUGCAUAUUGUGACAUACUCUCUAGCUUUUGUGUCUAUUCAAAUCCGGAAAAAUCUAAUAGUAAAUCUAUGCAAUUAAUAAGAGAGAAAAUUAGUACAAAAUGGACUUUAAUUUUAGAACUAGUAGAUUUUAAUUUUUACAUCCU